AAUAAAGAUAGCUCCAAGCACGUACCCUUGAGCUGUUUUACACCCUGCUUUUUUUCUCUUACCUUACUUAUUGCCCUCCCCAUCUACGGAAUCCCAAAUACACAUUUACACUAAAGAAUCACUCCAAAACACUUAAAAAGUUUCAAGUUUCAUGUUACAAACCGUGUGAACAAGCAAACCUUUUUCAACGAAGUUUAUCUUGUUCAUUAACACCACAUACUCUUUAGAAGUUUACAACAUUUUAUCACUGUCCCUGAAGCACAAUACCCAUCUUGGCAUCUUACCACAAUACCACAUUGCUUCUUUUCGAAACGAUGUCGAAAAUCGGAGGAUUUUUUGUAUGUCUUUUGGUCAUUGCUUUAGAUAUUGCCGCAGGACUUUGUGGCCUUGAGGCAGAAAUUGCUCAAAACAAGGCGAAACACUUAAAGAUGUGGAUAUUUGAGUGUAAGAGUCCAAGUGAACAAGCCUUCAAGUUAGGAGCAGCAGCAGCAGGGCUAUUGAUACUAGCACACAUUAUAUCAAGCUUACUUGGUGGUUGUAUGUGUCUUUGUUCUCGAGAAGAUCACCAAAAAUCUUACGCCAAUCGCCAAUUAACAACUGGAUGCUUCCUCUUAACAUGGCUUAUACUUGUCAUUGGAUUAUCUCUGCUGGUGAUUGGGACACUAGCAAAUCGCAAAGAUAGAGCUUCAUGCGGCAUUACUCAUCACCAUAUGUUAUCAAUUGGUGGCAUUCUGUGUUUUAUACAUGCCUUAUUUUCUACUGCUUAUUACCUUUCUGCUACUUCGAGUAGCCAUUGAUCAUCAAGUCGAAAAGAAUCGCAAACACCCAUAUGAUCAUUCUGAAACAAUUGCGAAAAUCAGAGGUUUUUUUCGUAUGCCUUUUGGUGAAUUCGAUACUGUAGCUUGCCUUUCAAUAUGCAGCAAUGAAGCUGAGGUUAAUGUAUCAGCUAAACUGCACAACUGAUGUAGUAUCUAGUGUUUUGAACUCGUUUCUAUGGUUUCAGAUUAUGUUGCUUGUAAUGAAUUAGUAAAUGGAUGGAGAGACUUUAGUAGUUAAUAGUGCAAAUAUAUUAACGAGUAA